CAAUGAACGCCUCUAACUCCAUAUCCUGAGCUUCUAUUCAGCACCAACCUACGCCCCCCAAAAAACACAGGCAGCAAAGAAGGGUCCUUGCAGGUUGUAGUUUGGCCGGCAAACAACAUCUCCUGUGGCGAGGGUGACGGUGGCAGCCAUGGCCAUGCACUGUAACAGCAGCUGAUAGCCAUGGAAGAGUCCUGCAUACCUGUACCGCCUCCUCCCGGCCGCUUACAACUCGGAGCAGGCACGCAGUCGCCAUGCCUGGAUGCCAUGAGCAGUCACCACGAUCCCGGGUUGUAGUCCGAGCUAGCACCGAGCGUGCGACCUGGUUGCCCGGAUUGGACCCGCCUCCUCACCUCGACGGCACGCUACCUGGUGACUUCGGCUUCGAUCCCCUCGGGCUCGGGGAGGAACCGGCAAGCUUGCAGUGGUACGUUCAGGCCGAGCUCGUGCACUGCCGGUUUGCCAUGGCAGGGGUUGCCGGCAUCCUUGUAACUGACUUGCUCCGUGUAUCAGGAAUCCGGGACCUACCAGUUUGGUUUGAAGCAGGUGCAACAAAAUUUGACUUCGGCAACACCACAGCACUCUUCUUUGUUCAGCUUCUUUUGAUGGGCUUCGCUGAAACCAAGAGGUACAUGGACUUCAUCAAUCCAGGAUCGCAAGCAGAGGAAGGAACAUUCAUAGGGCUAGAGGCUGCACUUUCAGGUUUACAGCCAGGCUACCCUGGGGGUCCACUGUUCAAUCCAUUAGGACUUGCAAAAGAUAUAGAGAAUGCACAUGAAGAGAAGCUGAAGGAAAUCAAGAAUGAGAGGUUGGCAAUUAAUGGUAGCUAUGCUUGGCUUCAUUGUUCAAGCAUCUGUGACUCACGUUGGCCCCAUCGACAAUCUUUUGACACACCUUUCAGAUCCACUCAACCAAAAUAUCAUUCACGCACUCUCCUCCCCCUGAGAACUAUCUGUCCCCAAAACUUCGCUUUUCAAUGUCCAAUGUUACGGCAGAAAAAGAUCACAAUGUUUCUAACAGAAUUGCCUUUUUUUGGCUCUCCUCUUUGCUAAGUUUUUCAAUCAUGAAAAUUGAAUAUGGAACUUUUUUUUAGGUCAGAUCAGAUGAAAGUUUCUUCAAAUGCUAACAACCUGUAUUCAUAGCUAUUAGCUAAUGGGAAACAAAAAGAAGGCUUCUGAUU